UUAGCAGUUUAUAUUUACCAAAAUUAUUACAAUUCCAUGUUGUGUACUGUGGGAGACCAGAUAUAGUGAAUGCAGGGUCCAGGGAGACCAGAUAUAGUGAAUGCAGGGUCCGGGGAGACCGGAUAUAGUGAAUGCAGGGUCCGGGGAGACCAGAUAUAGUAAAUGCAGGGGUCCGGGGAGACCGGAUAUAGUGAAUGCAGGGUCCGGGGAGACCGGAUAUAGUGAAUGCAGGGUCCGGGGAGACCGGAUAUAGUGAAUGCAGGGUCCGGGGAGACCGGAUAUAGUGAAUGCAGGGUCCGGGGAGACGGAUAUAGUGAAUGCAGGGUCCGGGGAGACCGGAUAUAGUGAAUGCAGGGUCCGGG